AUGAUUCACGCUGCCUCCGAGCCCCGGUCCGUCCCUGCCUGCCCUAGUGCCGCGCCUGGCGCUGCGGUUCGCCUGCCCGCCGCUCCCGGGCUCUCGUGCCCUCCCUCACUGACGGGCUCGCGUGCGCGGGGGUGCACAGGGGGAUCUCUGCCGGUGCCGCGCUGCUCCGCUCUCGCCCCAGCACCACCGCGGGCCGCGCCGGCGGGCGGCUGGCUGGCUGGCUGGCCGGCCGGCCGCGGGCUGGGGCCGCCACCCUCGGCUACACCGCAGAAACCCAAAAGGCAGGAGAGCAGAUAUCCACCUGCAGCCCAUGGAGGACCCCACGCUGGAGCAGGUGGGUGCCCGAAGGAGGCUGUGACCCCAUGGGAAGCCUGCACUGGAGCAGGGUCCUGGCAGGACCUGCGGACCCGUGGAGAGAGGAGCCCACGGAGCAAGUUUUCUGGCAGGAGUUGUGAUCCUGUGGGGGACCCACGCUGGAGCAGUGUGCUCCUGAAGGACUGCACGCCGUGGCAGGGACCCAUGCUGCAGCAGUUCAUGAAGAACUGCAGCCCGUGGGAAGGACCCACAUUGGAGAAGUUUGGGAAGGACUGUCUCCCGUGGGAGGGACCCCACGCUGGAGCAGGGGAAGAGUGUAAUGAGUCCUGCCCCUGAAGAGGAUGAAAUGGCAGAGAUAACGUGUGAUGAACUGACCGUAAACCCCAUUCCCCAUCCCCCUGCGCUGCUGGGGGGGGGUAGGUAGAGAAUCCGGGAGUGAAGUUGUGCCCGGGAAGAAGGGAGGGGUGGAGGGAAGGUGUUUUGAGAUUUGGUUUUAUUUCAUAUUACCCUACUCUGGUUGAUUGGCAAUAAAUUGAGUUAAUGUUCCCAAGUUGAG